UGCGGACGUGAGGUUGGUGCGAUCUGAAAAGUGACAAAUUGGUUAAAAACACUCAUCAAAAACAAAAACAAAAGCCAACCAAGGAUGAUCUAAACUGACACGACAUAUUGAACGAUCGACAACAACGAGACGAUAAGAAUUAUUCCUGACGCUGUGUCCUCCAGAAUUUAUAGACGUAAAUUAUUGUAUUGAGGGUCGCUUAUUUUGAAGUCAAGUGACUCCGGUGGUUUUCGUACACGUAGACGGUCGCCGUCAGCAAUUGCAAUGGCAACACUGUCACUCCGUAUCUCCAUACCGGAGAAAAAUGCGACCAAAAUGAUGCAGUUUGAUCCAAGCACAUCGGUAUACGAUGCCUGCAGAAUUAUCCGUGAGAAACUGCCAGAAGCAACGAAUAUGGGACAACCCAAAGACUACGGUCUCUUCCUCUCCGACGAGGACGCAAAAAAGGGUGUCUGGCUGGAACCCGGUCGUAACCUAGACUACUAUAUCCUCCGUAACGGCGAUCUCCUCGAGUACCGGCGAAAGCUCCGAACCCUCCGUGUUCGCAUGCUCGACGGUACCCUAAAGACCCUCCUCGUAGACGACAGCCAACCAGUCGCCAACCUGAUGGUGGUGAUCUGCACAAAGAUUGGUAUCACAAAUCACGACGAGUACUCCCUAGUCCGGGAGUACCUCGACGAGGAAACUGAGAACCAAAAGCCCGGUAACUACGGAACCCUGACCUUAAAACGCCGAAAGGAGGAAAAAGGUGAGAGAGAUGCCAAGAUGGACCAGCUACGAAAGAAGCUGAAGACGGAUGACGAGGUCAACUGGAUUGAUCCGAGCAAGACACUCCGGGAACAGGGUAUAGACGAAUCGGAGACAGUUCUCCUCCGACGAAAGUACUUCUUCUCAGACCAGAACAUCGACUCGAGGGAUCCAGUUCAGCUUUCUCUGCUGUACGUUCAAGCCAGGGACGCCAUUCUGGACGGCACUCAUCCAGUAACUCAAGAGAAGGCCUGCACCUUCGCUGGAAUUCAGUGCCAGAUACAGUUCGGUGAUCACAAAGAGGACAAGCACAAGACCGGUUUCUUGGAUCUGAAGGAGUUCCUACCGCAGUCGUAUGCGAAGGUCAAGGGAAUCGAGAAGAAGGUCUUUGCCGAGCACAAGAAGCAUAUGGGCCUCUCUGAGCUGGACGCCAAGGUUCUUUACACCAAAACAGCUAGGUCCUUGAGCACUUACGGCGUCACGUUCUUCCUCGUCAAGGAGAAGAUGGUGGGAAAGAACAAGCUGGUGCCACGGCUGUUGGGGGUCACCAAGGACUCGGUUCUCAGGCUAGAUGAGAGAACCAAGGAGAUCCUCAAAACCUGGCCGUUGACCACCGUCAGGAGGUGGGGCGCAUCUCCCAAUACAUUCACCCUUGACUUUGGUGACUACUCGGAUCAGUAUUACAGCGUUCAAACCACUGAAGCCGAACAGAUUCUACAGCUAAUUGCUGGGUAUAUUGACAUCAUUCUCAAGAAGCAGAAGGCGAAGGAUCACUUUGGCAUCGAAGGGGACGAGGGGUCGACCAUGGUCGAGGACAGCGUAUCACCGCUCAAGGCGACGAUUAUGCAGCAUGAAACGAGUAAUGUUGGCAGAGGUAGUGUCGAAGCGGUGUCAGUAGCCAUUCCAGCUGUUAUGAGAGCCGGUGGUGAAGGAGCAAGGCCCUAUGGACAUGGACACAUGGCAAGCGCCCAAUACACGACAAUUAGUGGUCAAGUCAACAUCGCCCAUGCACCACCGAUGGUACAGCAGACAAAAGUCACGUCGGUACUCACUGAGCCUCAGAGAGCCCUUGUAUCAACAAUAACCGCUGGCCACGAAGUGAUACACAUUGCCGAGACUGAAUUAACGUCUAAGGCCCAAUUACCGGAGCUCGGUAAUGAUCCAGCAUCACUUCAGUGGAUAGCCCAGACAAUGGUAACCCACAAGCAAAAUGUUGGUACACAAAUUGCUGAAAUGAAUGCAGCAACUGCACAAGUUGUCACAUUAACAUCAGGAUCAAUUGAGGAAGUUGAUCAUACUGCAGUGGGUGAGGCUAUAUCCACAAUUGCCACGAAUUUACCGGAGAUGACUAAGGGAGUUAGGAUGAUUGCUGCACUGAUGGAUGAUGACACCUCCGGGGAUCGUUUGUUAGAUGCUGCCAGGAAAUUGUGCACUGCUUUCUCAGAUCUACUGAAGGCUACCGAACCGGAGACCAAGGAGCCUCGCCAGAACCUUCUAAACGCGGCCUCCCGCGUCGGCGAGGCCUCCCACCAGGUUCUCACGACGAUCGGCGAAGAAAACGAUUCGAAUCGCGAACUCCAGGACAUGCUUCUUGCGCUCGCGAAAGCCGUUGCCAAUACCACGGCAGCACUCGUCCUAAAAGCCCGUAACAUCGCGGCCACGUGCGAGGACUCGCAAACCCAAAACCGCGUCAUCUCCGCCGCGACUCAAUGUGCGCUCGCGACCUCCCAACUCGUAGCAUGCGCGAAAGUCGUCGCGCCGACACUCCAAUCCCCCGCGUGUCAAACCCAGCUGAUGAACGCAGUUCGCGAAGUUACGAAAGCCGUUGAAAAUCUCGUGGACGUUUGCAACGAGACCUGCGGAGACGACAACCUCCUCAAGGAGCUGUCCUCCGCAGCCGCAGAAGUCUCCCGCACCUUGAAUGACCUCUUAAACCACAUUCGCACGGCCACGCGUACGGGAGAACGCGCGAAAGAAACAACUCAAGAUGGCGCCGUUGAAACGAUAAUUUGCGCGACUGAUCGUCUAUUCGCGUCCUCGGGAGACGCGCCCGAAAUGGUGCGGCAAGCGCGCAUCGUGGGUCAAGCCACAGCCCACCUUAUUCAAUCGAUCAAGGACGAGGCAGAACGGCAACCCGAUCCUGACCUCAACCGACGGCUCUUGGCGGCCGCAAAGGCUCUCGCCGAUGCCACCUCGAAAAUGGUGGAGGCUGCGCGACAGUGUGCGUCAAGCCCUCACGACUCACGAAUGCAAGAGCAACUCAAAACCGCUGCGGAGGAACUGAGAAUCGCGACGACAGUAGCAACGACUCAAACAUUGAGACGAAAAGUCGUGGAGGAGAUUGUCGUGGACAAGAGUCAAUUUUCGAGAGCUGCACAGGCGAUUCACGCGGGUUGCGAAAAUCUCACUGAUCCGAAGAGUUCGAAGCAACAGAUUCUCGAAGCGGCAACUAUGAUCGCGAAACACACUAGCGCUCUCUGCAACGCUUGCAGGCAGGCAUCCAGUAAGACUAAUGAUCCUGUGGCUAAAAGACAUUACGUCCAGUCUGCGAAGGACGUCGCGAAUUCAACCGCGAAUCUCGUAAAGGAGAUCAAAGCGUUGGACAAAGAUUACUCGGACCUUAAUCGCGAGAAGUGUUCGGACGCAACGAGACCGUUGUUAGAUGCCGUCGAUAAUCUCUGUGAGUUCGCGGGGUGCAUCGAGUACACCAGAACGGUGAUCCACACUGCGGAGAGGGUCUCCGGGCCUGAACAAGCGAUCAUAGAUGGCGCGUGUGCAAUCGUCGAGACUUCGAAGAGCCUCCAAGCCAGUCCGCAGGACGAACCUGCCUGGCAGAGACUUGCGCAACACAGCAAGACUGUAUCAGACUCGAUCAAGACUCUAGUCUCGUCGAUUCGGGAGAAAAGCCCAGGCCAGACUGAGUGCGAUACAGCUAUCGAGAAGUUAACAGCAAGGAUAAGGGAACUGGAUUCGGCGACUCUCAGUGCAGUCUCACAGUCUCUCGUACCUCGUAAAGAGAACUCUCAGGAAGGGUUCAUCGAGGAGAUGGAAAGAUACACGAGAGAGUUGCGCGAGCAGUUAGAGCCGUUGAGAACAGCUGCAAAGUACCAGCCGGAGAACGUCGGCCCUUGUGUCCAGCAAUUGGCUAGGUCCUAUGAGCCCUUGGUCACCAGUGCCAUUGGCGCAGCGUCAAACAUGGUGAACUCUAAACAGCAGUCUGUGUUGUUGGACCAGACGAAGACAGUUGCCGAGUCAGCUCUGCAGUUAGUCUACAUCGCGAAGGAGACUGGAGGCAAUCAUGAGGCAAUGGCUCUUCACUCGGAGGUCGAUGAAUCAGUGGAGGGGACGAAGGACGCUUUGAGAGAGCUGGAGAGCACUCUGGAGAUGAUUUCAACAUCUCAUGGAGUUGUCACUGGUUUGAUCGAGACCAUCAGCAGGGCUAUGAUCAGAUUAGAUGACACGAGAAUCUCGACGGACUCAGUGGACUCUUAUGUUGACUACCAGACGAGGAUGGUUGAGGCUGCCAAGGAGAUAGCUAGAUUGGCCCAAGAGAUGUCGACCAAGUCCAGUACUGAUGUGGCAAGGUUGGGACCCCUCGCAGUGGACAUUUCUCACAAGUACACACAACUUGCGAGAGAUUGCACUGGGGCCUCGGCGGCCGCUUCCAGUCCUGAGGUGUCUUCCAGGUUGAGGAAUGGAGUGCAGGACCUGGGGAGGGCAUGUGCGGAUAUUGUGCGGGCCUCUGGGGUCUGUCAACUGACACCUGGGGAUGCUUACACCCAGAGGGAGGUGUCCGAGAGCGGAAAGAUUGUUACGGAAAAGGUGUCUGAGGUACUUUCAGCACUUCAGGCUGGCUCCAGGGGCACUCAGGCCUGCAUCAACGCCGCAAGCACUGUCUCUGGGAUCAUUGGAGAUCUGGAUACCACCAUCAUGUUUGCUACUGCUGGUACUCUUCAUGCGGAGAAUGAGGGGGAUACCUUUGCUGAUCACAGGGAGAAUAUUCUGAAGACUGCGAAGGCCUUGGUUGAGGACACGAAGACUCUUGUGGCCGGGGCUGCCUCCUCUCAGGAACAGCUGGCUGUUGCUGCACAGAAUGCAGUGUCUACUAUUGUCCAGUUGGCCGAGGUUGUUAAGUAUGGAGCUGCUAGCCUUGGCACUCAGAAUGCUGAGGCACAGGUCAUGCUGAUCAACGCGGUGAAGGAUGUUGCUUCGGCGUUAGGCGAUCUUAUUCAUGCGACUAAGGCUGCCAGUGGGAAACCAAUCAAUGAUCCCAGCAUGGCGCAUCUCAAGGAUUCUGCCAAGGUGAUGGUGACGAACGUGACGUCCCUGCUGAAGACGGUGAAGGCAGUGGAGGAUGAACACACACGAGGUACAAGAGCUCUGGAGUCGACUAUCGAAGCAAUCGGUCAGGAAAUCCGAGCGUCAAACACCCCAGAUUAUCAGAGGGGUGCAGUGACCCCGGAGGAUCUCGUCAGAUGCACGAAGAGCAUUACCACAGCGACGGCCAAGGCAGUGGCUGCUGGAAACAGCUGCAAGCAGGACGACAUUAUCGCGGCUGCCAACAUGGGACGGAAAGCCAUCAGCGAUAUGCUGUCGAUCUGCAAAGCAGCUGCCCAUCACUGCGCGGAGACAAGGGAUCUGCGAGAGAGGACCCUUCAAGCUGGUCAUGACGUGGCUCUUAAUUAUCGCGAACUCCUCCAGGCAAUCCUCAUGAUCUCGUCAAAGUCUGGAGACGCCAAGCACACGCUGCCCCAGAUCUCGAGGAAGAUUGCUACGAGUGUCACUGAACUUGUGGCUGUGGCCGAGUUGCUGAAGGGAACUGACUGGGUCGAUCCUGAUGAUCCUACUGUAAUUGCUGAGAAUGAACUGUUGGGUGCCGCUGCCAGUAUCGAUGCCGCAGCCAAGAAGUUGGCGAGUUUGAGACCUAGGAGGAGCAUUCAGGAAACAUCCGAAGACAUGAACUUCGACGAGAUGAUUCUGGAAGCCGCCAAGUCUAUUGCGGCGGCGACAUCAGCUCUCAUAAAAGCGGCAUCCGCAGCCCAACGAGAGCUGAUCGCCACCGGCAAGGUCUCGCGAACCCCUCUGACCUCCUCGGACGAUGGCCAAUGGUCGGAGGGCCUCAUCUCCGCGGCUCGUCUAGUCGCCGCAGCCACUCAUAGUCUAGUGGAAUCGGCCAAUGCUCUGGUGCAAGGUGUCUCUUCCGAGGAGAAACUCAUAUCGAGCGCCAAACAGGUGGCUUCCAGCACCGCACAACUUCUCGUUGCCUGCAAGGUCAAAGCAGAUCCAGACUCAGAGAGCACGAAACGCCUUCAGAAUGCUGGCAACGCCGUCAAAAAAGCAACAGACAAUCUUGUCCGCGCUGCGCAACAAGCCAUCCAACAGGAGGAAGAAAGAUCCCUAGUUCUCAACAAGAGAAUGGUGGGGGGAAUUGCGCAGGAGAUCAACGCACGCUCUGAGGUUUUGAGAAUUGAGAAGGAACUCGAGGAAGCUAGGGGAAGAUUGACGGCUAUCAGGCAGGCAAAGUACAAGAAUCGUCCGGACUGUUCGGACACGGACUGCGACGCCGAUCAGAGCGGCUACGAGAGUUACUCGUCAGGUUAUAUUGCAAGGAAGAGUCCCGAUAAUUUUGUGACAUCUACACCACGAAUGCCAGAGAAGAACAUUGCCACUGGUGACAGGAGUGAUCUUGUCAGUCCUGAGAAGGUCAACUCCACUCAAAGCACUCUCGAGCGGAGGAUGAAGGGUUCUAGGGAUGAGGGGCAGUACGGGUUGGUUGAUAAGAGGCAUCAGGUGCCAGGAUUUGAGAGGGGUUAUCAGGAGGGAUUUGGGGAUAAUAAUGGGCUGGGUCAGUACAGCUCGAUCGAGAGGAAGAUCAAUCAGGAGUUUGAGGGACCUUUCCCCCCACCACCACCCCAGAUUUCCAGCGGUAGGAGGGGCUUUGGGGCCCGGGAGGAGGGGGGAUUUGGGGGGGAGAGAUUCUCACAGCCAAUGACGACUUUUAAGACGGAGGUGCAAAAGUUUGUGGGGGGGAAUUCACAGGGGUUGGGGGAAAAAUCGAAUGUGGGGAUUUUUGGGGGAGGGUGUCUGGGGACUUCACAGGGGCUAGGGGAAAAAUCGAAUAUAGUGACUUUUGGGGAUAAAACGGGUCUGGGGAGCUUUGGGGGAAAAUCAAAUCUAGGAAAUUUUGGGGACAAUCAGAGUUACACGAAUGUUGAGAGUAAAAUUUUACCUGGGGGACGGGUGGAAACAAUAACGACCAAGGUUUAUUCGUCAAUACCUGGGCAGACAUCUUCGUCUAGUAAUUUUGAGAGCACCCAGGAGCAGGAGUUUGUCACUAGUGGAAGUGAUCUGACCACUUUUAAGGGGGGCGACAGUGGGAGGUUCUCCAUGACAGAGCAGAAGAGUCAGAAGGAACAUGUCACCCAAAAAGUCACUGAGAAAAAAACUGUCACCAUGACUGUAUCGAAACAUCAUGAGAGCAGAAAUAAAAUUUUGAGUUUUGAGCAGAAGUAGAAAAUUCAAGGGGCAGGGGGGAUGAGCGGAAGCGACUUAGGAAUGGGAAAAAAAUUCUGCGAUUUCUGGGAUUCCCAGGAUUUUCUCGUGUACUGCCUUAUUAUUGUGUCCGAAAAAUAUGAAUUAAUGAAAUUUGGGGGGAGGGAGACAGUUUUUUACGUUUCAAGGGGUAUUGAGAAAGGAAGAAAAGUUUCUCAGGCUUUUUUUUCACGAAUGGAAAAUUGAGAAAUACGAUGACAUGAAAAAACACAAAAUUACAUAACCUAUAAAUUUUUAGAUGAGUAUUAGAUAAGUGUCCUUAGCUAGCCAUCUCAAGUGCUUUCGAUUUAGCCUUGUUAGGAUUAAAACACAAUUGCCUUUGUAUGAACAUCGUUCAUAUUCAAUUGAUAACCUUAAAAAUUGAGGUAUGAAUUCAGUGAAAAACGUCCAUACGUCGAUAAAACAAUCAUUGUAACAAAAAAUGAUAAUUUUUUUAGUCACUGCUUCCCGUAGUCUCGACAGAAUAAAAGGAUUUAGUUCUAGAUGAAUUUUUAUUUUAAUCAGUUCCCCAUUUUUUUUUAGUUUAGAACAACUAAUUAUUAUUUUCUUUCUCGUUUGUUAAAUGUUAAUUACGUUGACACACGCGAGACGAUUAACAAGAGAAGCAACAUAUCAUUUAAUUUUAUUAAUUUUCCGGGAGUCAGUGACCGAAAUGGCGCCACUCCCACUUUUUAAUCGACUUAUCUUUUUUUCUUUUAACUAAUUAAUUUUUUUUCUUUUCUACUUUUUUCGAGUCUGUUGCUACUCCCAUUAUCUACACCCGAAUCUCGAGAUAAUUUCGAAAUUUUCUGCUAUAAAAUUCAAUUAUUAUUGUGAACAGGUGAUUAAUGAAUACUAAAGUGCAAUUAUUAAUUUUUUUAAUGAUAUUUUAAGGGGAUGAGAGUCAAUUUUGAUGCACAAAGUGGAGAUUUUCGAUGCCUUAAUCAAUUAUUUCGAAUUGAGUAAUUACCAAAAAAAUAUAAUGCUUUAUUAAUUAAUUAACGAUUCAACGACAUGAACGAGUAAUUUGUGAUUUUUUGGGUAAUUCGUGGAUGAAUUAAACAAUUUGUCAAUUAAGAAAAUUGAAAUGAAAUUUGUUUCUCCAUUCACCAAUGGAAAUAAUGAAUUAUUCAAUGGACGAUGGGUCCUCGAUGAUUACAAGCAGAUAAUAUAUUAUUAUAUAUAUGUAUACAAAGCAAUUAAUGAUAAUUGUAAUUAAUUUAGAGGAAUUUUAUUUUAUUUACAACAAUUAUAAUCACCCAGAUAUUGUUUUCAAUAAUUUUAAUCGAUAAUACUGAUUUAGUAGGUAUUUUAUUCUGAGGAAGGAGAUAAUUUUUAACGUUUUUACAUGGUAAUUGAGACGAGCCAAUGAAGCCUUAUUAAAGUAAAAAAAUUAAUUGAGGAAAAAAUAAUUGUGGAACAUUUUUAUGAAUUUUUAUUUAGUACUUUGGAGUGUUAUUUUUGAUCAUGAUUUUUAUUACAAUUAUUCAACUGUUUCGUGGUAUUAUGUGAAUUCAUGAUUAAAAUGUCGAGAGAAAUAUUUUAAGAAAUGAGAAAAAAAAAUAAAAAUCCUUAACAAGUAAUAUAAA